CCUGUCUGCUAGACUUUAUGACAUGAACAUGACACAUGGCGUGUAACCUUCUUUAUUUUUCUUCCAUCCAUUCCAUAACUUUUUAAGUAAUGGUUUAGGUUCAAAAAGUUAAUAGUGUGAUUACGUAGAUUUUUUUAUUAAAUUAAAGCAUUUCCAAAAUGCCGAAGAAGAAAACAGGUCAGAGGAAAAAAGCUGAGAAACAGCGGCUCAGGCAGAAAGAAAUAAGAACUGCAAAAGAAAAUGUUGAAUUGGCUGAACAUCCUUGCAAUAUUACAAUGGAAUGUGAUAAAUGCCAUCGCAAGCAGAGAAGUCGUGCAUUUUGUUAUUUUUGCCAAACUGUACAGAGAUUGCCUGUUUGUGCCCAGUGUGGUAAAAUGAAGUGUAUGCUAAAAACUGGUGACUGCGUAGUAAGACAUCCAGGCGUGUAUACCACUGGAAUGGCUAUGGUGGGAGCUAUUUGUGAUUUUUGUGAGGCAUGGGUAUGUCAUGGAAGAAAGUGCCUUCAAUCUCAUGCAUGCACCUGCCCCCUCCAAGAUGCAGUAUGCAUUGAAUGUGAACGUGGUGUAUGGGACCAUGGUGGUAGGAUUUUUAGAUGCUCAUUUUGUACUAACUUCCUAUGUGAAGAUGACCAAUUUGAACAUCAGGCUUCUUGUCAAGUAUUGGAAUCAGAAAAUUAUAAAUGUCAGUCUUGCAAUAAGUUGGGACAAUACUCUUGUCUUAGGUGUAAAACCUGCUAUUGUGAAGAUCAUGUUCGUAGAAAAGGGUUUAAAUAUGAUAAAAAUAAAGCUAUUCCUUGUCCUAAAUGUGGAUUUGAAACUUCACAAACCAAAGACCUCAGCAUGUCAACACGUAGUCACAAAUUUGGAAGACAAGGACAAUCUGGGUUUUAUGAUGAUGAUGAUGAUGAUCAAGGUGGGUACGAUGAUUAUGGUGAAGCUGCUGGUGGCGACUAUGAUUAUGAUGAUGACGACGACGAUGAUGAUGAUGAGGAGGAAGAAAGUAGUGAAGAGGAAUCUUCAGAAGAAGAAAAUGAACCUAAUGAAAAAAAUAAAAAAUAGAUUUUUUUUAAUGUAAUAUUGAAAUUAAAUACUUUUAAAUGGU